CGGAUCUCUGCUGACGUGUCGGCUCCUCCAGCAGCAGCGGAGUCAGCCAGGCAACACAAACUGCCAACAUGGCAGCAAAACACUUUUACCGACAGGGAUUUUUAUUACUUUUAUUUAAUUUUAUUUCAACUGCGGCCUUGGAGAAGAGGUUCUCCGACCUGAAAAGAUGCGCCGAUGAGGAGUGCAGCAUGCUCCUGAUUCGGGGAAAAGCUCUGAAAGAUUUCACGGGCCCAGACUGUCGUUUCCUGACGUUCAAGAAAUCAGAAACAGUCUAUGUUUACUACAAACUGUCGGGUAAAAGGCCCGGUAUAUGGGCUGGAAGUGUUGGAAGUAACUUUGGUUAUUUCCCAGACAACCUUAUUACAGUUAACCACGUUUACACUGGGAAAGAAUUUGAAGUUCCAGCAGAGGAAACAGAUUUUGUCUGUUUUGACACCGGAUUUGAUAAGUUUAACAGUUACGAUGUAGAUUUUCUGUUGGCCUCUUUACCGGAGGAUAAUGACGGUGAAAAUAAGGGAACAUCUGACCAAAUCGUACUAGCAGAGGACGUGCAGAAAGAAACACAGCCAUCAGAACAGGAGGAAACUGAGAGUGAAAAACAAACUGAGAAUCAUGAUGACUCUGAGGAUCUUGAUGUAGUCCCAGAUGAUGAAAGUGCCUCCUUACCGGAACCUGACGUGGCAACUGAAUCACCUUCUACAAAAGAAGAAGAGUCUGAAACUGAAGCUACUCCCGAUGCUCCUGAAAGCCCAGCAGAACACACAGAAGUGAAGAAAGAACAUGCAUUCAAGUCAGUUCUUGAAAAGGUUGUGUUUAGAAGGAGUGAAACCAAAGAUAAAGCCACCAAACAUGAAGAGAAAUCUUUGCCCGAACAAGAUAUUGUUACAGAAAACGAACCAGUCACAAUUUCUGAAGGAAUGCAAAUCCCUGAGUUAAAAACUACCUUCGGAUCGACUUUCGAUGCUGUUGCCUCUGAUGACGAAAUCACCCGGAGUGUAACCCCGUAUGAAGAGGAAGAGGGUGAACUUGUUGAGAAUCCUCCCGAAGAUCACGUUGAUGUGAAAGAAGAAAUUCCAUUGCUGUCUUUCUCUGAAAAAAACGUAAACACACCAGCAUCGGAUUCCCUCAAAAAGCAGGCAAUUCCUCCAACUACACAGGAAGUUAAACCGGACGCUGCAGAGGAGAAGAACAUGUGGACAUCUAUCGGGGAUGUCGUUUUUUCAGUCGUCACCGGUGGAGAGAGGACAGCAGCAGAUUUGACCUCGGAAGAGGACGAUGAUGAUGAUGAGGAUGAGGUAGAAGACACUCCUCCAACACCCCUUGAUGCAGCCGAAAAAGCUGUAGAAGAAGAAGAACCGCUAUCUGUAGAAUCACAACAAGAGCCAGAGAACAUCGAGGCAGACUUGGUGGAUCAUGAUGAUGACGAUGAGGGAGAAGUGAUCGGACCUGAGGACGCUGCGGAGGAAACUUUAAAACCAACUGAUGAGCCGAUUCACCAUCAAGUAGAAACAAUAUCCGUAGAUCCGGAAUCAGACGAUGAAACCGCUGCCAUUCCUGAUGAUACCCAAAACUCUGAUAAUGAAACAUCAGAGGAACCCAUUGAGCACAAAGGGGAGGAAGAGGUUGAUGAUGAUGAUGAUGAUGAGGGCUUUAUACAUGAGGCUGAUGAUGUCGUCGAAAAUAAUAUGGAGGAAAAGGCAACUGUGACGGAUCAUAAAUUACCUGAAAUCGAAACACAUCAAGACGCGUUCACAGAGGAGAUACAAUCAAAUCAUUCAGAUAUAAAAGAUGGUGAAAAGACAGUAGAUGACACUCGACCUCAUGACGUACAGUUAAUGACUGAUUCAAACAGGAAUGACAGUGAACCAGAAUUAUCUGUGGAGGAACCGGAGAUUCAAGAGGAAGAUCUUACAGAGGUGUUGAAUGAUGAGAUAGAGAUAGACGAGCAGAAAGCGGAGCAGAAACAAGAACUGCUUGAAGAUGAAAAUGCCCUUUCCUUCUCAAAAUCAGAUACCUCUGACGAACCCUCACCUGAAGCUGCUCUGCCCACAGUGUCAACUCCAGAGCCGGAAUACAGCGACAGCGUCAUGAGACUGUCUCUGCUCAGAUACCAUUUCUCAGAAGAGAAAAUGGAGCGGUUCCAAAAGCUGCUCGGCCUCAGUCAUCUCUUCAGAGUGGAGAGCAUGUUCUCUGACUUGGACACGGAGAUGGAGGUCAGUCGUCUCUCACACACAGGCACCACACAAGAUAUUGAAAGUGUCCUCGAGGGCAUCCUGGAAGCCUCGGAGAACUCCAUCCUGGACGAGAUUGAGAAGAUGCUGGAUGGCCGACAAGCAAAACGCAACUAUGUCGAAAAUACGGACAAAAGUAGUACCGACGAGGAAACUGAAAUCCUGGAUGACUUCCAGGAGCUCGCAUUCGCCCUACGACAGAAGUAUUCGACAGUCAGUGACAGCACGCCUCUGGCUUCAUCAGGUAAUGAUAAAGAUGAGCACAUAUUAAAGGUAAAAGAUGACCAACCUGUCAUUGUUGAAGAAGACAGCGUUGUCAGCGUCCCUGAGGCCAAGAGUGAGGACAACCUCACAGUCACAGAUCAGGAGCAAAAGCCAGCUGUGAGUGAAGACGAGCCAUCGAUUCUGGAAGAGGUGCACCGUGGACCGGAGCUCAGUGUGGAGGAGGAUGGAGGACACUUUAACAAAAACAAAGACAAUCAGCUGAGCUUCAGUGCAUCAGACGAGCUGCCUAAAGUUCCUCAAGCCACUCUGGAAAACCCCUUAGACCUUGGCCUCGGUGUCGAGGUGGAGCACUCGCCCUCAGGAUCUUUGGACCCCAUGGAACCAGUGCCUGAAAUUCCCAAAGAAGAUGAAGGAGUGGGAUUAUUCUCCACUGGGAUUGUUUACAUGGGCUGCAUCCUUUCUAUAACGAAGAAUAAAAUUGCAGAGUGGGCUAUUGAGGUGAUUUCAUUACUGCCAGAAGAGUGGAAGCCAGGGGAAACCUUUUUCGGUUGUCCUUGGCAAGCUGUCAUCAUCACUGCUUUGGUUGGAGUAGUGACCUUAAUCUUCUUCUUCUGGAGGACUGUGUUGGCAGUGAAGAAGAGAGAAUACCUUGUGGAUGAAAAGAAGCUGACAGAGCAAAUGUUGGCGUUCAAAAAGGAGAAGAAUGAGGCCAUCGCCCAUAUGGCUGAUCUUCAGAAACAGACUGAACACCUGAAAGAAAGUCAAAAACAGUCGAAGGAAACCGUUAGUUCUACAAUGAAAAAGAUGCAAAACCUACAGUGGAACAACUCUAACUUCUACGUGUCUCUCUCUCUUCACACACGUUUGUGUUUUCCAACAGAACAACACCAGGAACUGGAUCAUUCAAUUGCAACCCUCAAAAGCGAUAAGAGCCAUGUAGAAAACCAGUUCAAGAUCCUCCAGCAGAAAAACGAAAUCAUGGUUGAGAUGUAUCAGCAGAAGGAAAACGCUUUGCAGCAGAGACUAACGAAGGAAGAGUUGGAGCGACGCAGCAAAGAGAGUCAGCUGACCGAGGUGGGGGGGAAAGCUGUGGAGGCAGAGGAGCAGGUGAAAAUCUUACGGCACCGCAUCAAUGAGAUGGAGGAGCAGAUGAAGAAGACGGAGGAGGUCUAUAAAGAGCAGGUUAAAGAACAGGAAAACAAAACUCACUCAAACUGGGUAAAUGCUCGUAAUGCAGAGCGAGCUCUCAAUCAAGAGAAGCUCGAAUCAUCAAAGCUCCGGGAAAAACUGGGAGUUCUCACCUCUCAGCUGAACGACCGCCGCGCUCCUCUCUUCAGACCAAACUCUGGACAGCAUGCCGGCCCUCGCCAAGGUGAUUCUUACGGGCCCUCUCCUGUGAGUGGGGGUGCACCCUCCCCUCCUAUAAUGAUAGAGGGUCCCAGGCGCCCUCCUUCUGCCCCAGUGGGGCGAAGAGUUGACCCGUAUGGUCCACGACCUCCCUCAGACCCACACGGCCACUACGCUGAGAACAAACACAUCCCGGGGAUGGACAUGAUGGGCCCCCGCAGCUCAUCACCCACCAACAUGGAUGUGUCGACACAGGCAGUAGAUCCUCAGAUUAAAGCAGAGGCGGAGGCUGCGGCCUCCACAGAGAGCCCAGAGCCAGGACCUGGAUCCUUCCUUGCGUCUCCGAUCAGAGACUCUCCAGGGCCCCUGGUCCCAGGUGGCCCCCCCGGCCCCCAUGACCCGCUCCUCCCUCCAGGACCCCACGGCCGCCUGCCUCCUCCCGGCCCAUACAGAGGCCCCCGGCCAGGCCCCUACCACCUCCCUCCAGGCCCUCACGGCCCCCUUCCUCCCAAUGUCCCGCCUCACCUUCACGGGCCUCCACUCCCAGCCAAUGGGCACCCAGGUAUACCGAUGGGAGGAGAGUAUGGACCUCGACCCGCCAACGGACAUGCGUUCCCCCCGCGGCCGGGCCCCGGACACAUGAUGGAUCCUCGGGGCCCCCUACCGCCACACUUCCGUCCCCUUCCACCUCAUCACUACGGACCGAUGCCCCCUGGUGUCCGUGGACCAAUGGGACCUCGUCCGCCCUUCCCUCCAGACAUGCGCUACCCAGGACCUCGGGACCACCCCGGCCCCCCCAUGAACCUGCCCCCNNCCCACCCUGCACACGGUGAUGGGUACGGCCCCCCCCACCCCGACGCCCUCCAUAACUCGCACAGCGGCCCCCGACAGGCGGCCCCUCAGGACUCCAGACAGCCCACGGUCAAGCCUUAAACACGCCAGCAGCCACGGCAGAGGACUUUACCCAGAAUGCAUCACUUUAACAACAAGAUCCAGUCUGAACUAAGGUCAUGGUAUUUUUCAUAUUUCAGUUAUAAAAUAAAAGCUGCAAUUUUGUUUAUUAAAAAAGAAAGAAUAUGGUCCCUAAAUGAAAGCAUCAAUAAUUAUGUGUCUGAAGUCAAUGAUUUUAAAAAGGGUUGCCACUUUUCUAAACUGCUUUUUGUGCAAUAAUAAUUAAUUAUAUGCCAGAUUAUUUUCAUUUUUGUUCUUUAAAAAAAAAAUAUAUAACGAUAAUUUUUAAGGGUCAAUUUUUUUAAAUGUCAUUUCCUGUGGAAAUUAUUUUAAGAAUGGAGAAAAAGGAAGGUGUUAAGCUUCUAGCAUUUCAGGAACAACCAUAAUUUCCCCAAGCUGUUGCUUCAGAGCCGACUGUAAAGGAAAUGUGAAAUUUGAUGGCCAGAUGUAACUUAUUUUACUAUGUUGGUAGACAUUUUAAUAAUAAAGAAUGCAAAAGCU